AUGGUAGGCGGUUUCGAAGUAGGUGGCGUCCCUUUCAAUCCCGACGGUUGGGGUCCACCGGACGCUGCAGUCAACACUACCACCACCUCCACACUCCCUCUCAACGUUCCCUUUGCUCCCUUCUCUCGCUCCGAAAAGCUCGGCCGAAUCGCUGAUUUCACUCGCAAUCUUAACCAAGGCUCUGGCCAAGGCGCUGGUGGGCGCAAAAACGCUGCAUCUGAUUCCGUCUUUGACUUCACUGCCGACGAUUCCUUCCCCUCCGCCGCUGACAAUGAUUCUUCCUUCCGUCUCGUUGACGGGAAGCCUCCUCCGCGGCCGAAGUUUGGACCUAAGUGGCGGUUCAACCAGCACCACCGCACACAGCUGCCGCAGCGUCGCGAUGAGGAAGUGGAGGCGAAGAAGCGCGAGGCGGAGAAAGAGAGGGCUCGUAGGGAUCGCCUUUAUAAUCUUAACCGGUCCAAUCAGCAUCAGACACGUAGGGAAGCGGCGGUGUUUAAGAGUUCUGUCGAGAUCCAGCCUGAAUGGAAUAUGCUUGAUCAGAUUCCGUUUAGUACAUUUACGAAACUGUCCUUCUCGGUUCCGGAACCUGAGGAUUUGAUUUUAUGUGGUGGGCUAGAGUAUUAUGAUAAGAGUUUUGAUAGGAUUACACCGAAAGCGGAACGGAGGUUGGAAAGGUUUAAGAAUAGGAAUUUCUUUAAGGUAACUACUACUGAUGAUCCUGUUAUUAGAAGAUUAGCUAAUGAAGAUAAAGCUACUGUUUUUGCAACUGAUAAUAUUUUAGCUACAUUAAUGUGUGCACCCCGGUCUGUUUAUUCGUGGGAUAUUGUGGUUCAAAGGGUGGGAAAUAAGUUGUUUUUUGAUAAAAGAGAUGGGUCUCAGCUUGAUUUGUUGUCGGUUCACGAGACGUCACAGGAGCCUUUGCCAGAGUCUAAGGAUGAUAUAAAUUCGGCAUAUUCAUUGAGUGUUGAGGCUGCUUAUAUUAAUCAGAACUUUUCGCAGCAAGUUUUGAUUAGGGAUGGGAAUAAGGUCACAUUUGAUGAGCCCAAUCCCUUUGCCAAUGAAGGCGAGGAGGUUGCAUCUGUGGCUUAUAGGUAUAGGAGGUGGAAGUUGGCUGAUGAUAUGCAUCUUGUUGCUAGGUGUGAAGUGCAGAGUGUUGUUGAGGUUAAUAAGCGAAGGUCGUUCUUGACAUUGAAUGCGCUUAAUGAGUUUGAUUCUAAGUAUUCUGGUGUUGAUUGGAGGCAGAAGUUGGAGACUCAAAGGGGUGCUGUUUUGGCUACUGAAUUGAAGAAUAAUGCUAAUAAAUUGGCUAAAUGGACUGCUCAAGCUUUGUUAGCUAAUGCAGAUAUGAUGAAGUUAGGGUAUGUUUCUAGGGUUCAUCCGAGGGAUCAUUUUAAUCAUGUGAUUUUGGCUGUUGUUGGAUAUAAGCCUAGAGACUUUGCUACUCAGAUUAAUUUGAAUACCUCCAACAUGUGGGGUAUUGUGAAGAGUAUUGUUGACUUGUGUAUGAAAUUGAAUGAGGGUAAGUAUGUGUUGGUGAAAGACCCGUCUAAGCCACAAGUGAGGAUUUACGAGGUUCCUGCUGAUGCAUUUGAGAAUGAUUAUGUGGAGGAGCCUUUGCCCGAGGAUGAACAAGUUCAGCCUCUUGAGGAGAAUACUGAGAAUGCGGAGGCAAAUGGUGUUACAAAUGAUGUGGAAGAUAAAGAGAUUGAUGCUCAAGCUUGA